AUGUCGCACGACUUUUCCACUCAGGUCAACCAGGCGCCCUACUCGCCCGCCCCGACUCACUUUUCCCACCAGAGCAUGGCCGACCCUAACAUGCAGUCGCGCCAGCAGCAGGCCGUCGCCUAUCCUUCACCGCACUCGUACCCGUCGCCCUCAAUGCAGCCCACAUACACGUAUCCGCCUCCCCAAGGCCAGCAGAGCAACGAGGGCUAUCGCAGCUCUCCGCAGGGCGCUCAGAUGUCGUUGCCGCCCCUCAAUCUGCCGCCAAUACGUCUGCAAGAUGGACAGCAGUCCCAGGCGCAACCUCAGCAGCCGCCCCAGCCCAUGGGAUCUCCACUCCCACCACCACAACACGGCAUGCAGCAAUACUACCCUCACCCAGGGCAUGCGCAGCCCGGACAGCCCAUGAUGGGCAACAUGGGCGGUCCGCAGUUCAAUGCGAUGCGAUACCAGCUGCCGCCGCAGGGCGAUCAGAGAGUGCUAUCUGGCGGUCGCCACAAGAAGGAAAUCAAGCGUCGCACAAAGACUGGCUGUCUGACAUGUCGCAAGCGAAGAAUAAAGUGCGACGAAGCCCACCCCAUGUGUAGAAACUGUCAGAAGAGUAAACGAGAGUGUCUUGGUUACGACCCAAUUUUCAAACAGCAAUCCGGUCCCGCCCAAAUACAACCUGCCCCCAACUCAGCGCCCGCACCCCACGCGACAAGCGCACCGGCGCCGGCCCCGUCGUCCUCCAACUACAGCCAGAGUCCGGUACCCCAGGGUUACGCGCCUGCCUCGUCUGCUGGGUACGCGACUGCCGCACCUGCUACGAGCGGAGAGCAUCAGCAGGCCAACUUCCACGCCAUAGACCCUGCACUCGCGCAGGCCGAUCCUGGUCUUCAACAAAACCAACAUUACAACGGUGUACACACCAUGGAUCCCGCCAUGAGAGGGCCUCCAGGUGCCAACCCUUACCCACCUCCACCAGAGCCUAUGAAAGGCAAGCGGUUGAAUAUGCAAGACCUCUUCGGAAUAUGUAACCACAGCCCGCCCGACGUUCCUCAGCGAACUUCACCAGUGCCGCGUGAACUUGACGACGAAUUCUCCCGCAUCUUCCUCAACGACUAUUGUCAAGGCCUCGACGUCGUACUCGAAACCACCUGGUUCUCAGCUAACAACAAUGCGCUCAAUAGAGUUUUCAGCGACCGAUACCUACAUGAAGAGGCCGCCUUCUUUACCGAGACCAUCAAGUACAAGGCUACCCAGGAUGCUGAUAUGACGAGCAUCUUUAGUCAAGAAGCUCGUCUUUUAUGGCACCUGCUAAGCACUUGCAAGCAUAUGCUCCCGACCACUAAUGGCUCGCCGCCAGAGGGCGAGGAUUUCCAAAUGCGAGAAGCUAGAGCAAGACUCGAUGUCCUGGAAGCUCUCCUCACAAAUCAGAAUUUGGAGUCUAACCCCACACGUCAACUCGAAUAUCCGUCCAACCUGGAUGACGAGGCGAGGGCACAAGUCAGCUUCUGGCAACAUCUUGGUGACUUCGUCCAAUAUUCCGAUUCCGAUAUCGCACCGCCAGGAGCCGCAGACAACGCCUUGGGUAUUCUACGUACCGUCCUGCACAUGCGCGAGGUGCGCGACGCCAUCUACUCUAUCGCCAUCGCACGGCACUACGGUUCCCGCAUCGGCGGGUUCCCUAAUGCUCUGCCUACUCCCGUUGGCCAACCUCCUGAGAGCGACUUGAACAAGCUUCUCGUCGCCAUGUCCUUUAUCAGCCACGAGUCUCGAUCUGCUACGCAACAGGUCCUUGCACGCAUCUGUGACAUGGCCAUGUUCUCUUGGACUGCUUCGAGGAUGCCAGGGGGUCCGGGCCAGGAGCGACCGGUCGGUGGUCCACUGCCGUACCCUCAUCAAUAG